UUUCCGAUGACUUGGCCAAUGACUUUUCCAAUAUGGUGGACACUUUCGACCUUUUUCGACGACUAAGUGUAGGUGCAAAAUUCAAUAAGAAGAAAUUUCACAAUGACACAGAAAAUGUUAAGGAUUCCAAUGAGUGUGUCUUUCAUUCUGAGAAUGUUGCUCAAGCACUGGACUUUUUUGGAACUUUGGGAGAACCUGGAGACUCGCUAGACCGAACUAGUAAAGCUGAAAAAUCCAAAGGGACAUCAAAGGAUCUAUUAGAUUCUGGUAACAGGACUAAGAAUAAGAAAUCAGAAGAAGAAUCCUCUGAAUUUAGGGGAAAGAGAAAGAAAAGAAAGCGAGUCACAACUAAAGAUGAAAAUGGUAAUGGAAGUAUACCACUGCCAGAUUCUAAGGUUAAAAUCUUUGCAGAGCAAACAUCUGGAAAUGUCAGUGUUGAUAAAAAGUUCAGUUCUGAAAGGAUGACAGAACUCCAUCAAGAAAAAAUGAAUAUUGCAAGGAGAGAAAACCACAUAUAUGUUAAGGGCUCAGAUAUUCCUGAUCUGGCAGAGAGUUUUUCUGAUUUACAAGAGAGAUAUAGACUUGCUCCUUACAUGAUAGAGAAUGUAACCAAGAGGGGUUAUCAGCAACCAACUCCAAUUCAGAUGCAAGCUAUACCUCUUAUAAUCCAUAAAAGAGAGGUGUUAUGUUGUGCCCCUACUGGAUCUGGGAAAACUGCAGCUUUCAUUUUACCAAUUCUUCAUCAUUUGAAGUCUUCACGAAAGGAAGGUUUCAGAGCAGUUGUUGUGUCACCAACAAGAGAAUUAGCACAACAGAUUUACCAUGAAUUCUGUCACCUCUCUAAUGGCCGUAUGUUCAGGAUACAUCUAUUAACUAAAUCGAAGGCUUCUUCUAACAGUUUUGGAUCAAAGUCAUCUCAGAAGUUUGAUAUUCUUGUAACCACACCCAACAGACUGGUACAUUUGUUGUCCCAGGAUCCACCAGGAAUUCAGCUUCACAAUGUAGAGUGGCUGAUUCUUGAUGAAGCUGACAAAUUAUUUGAAGAGGGAAAGGAUGGGUUUAGAGAACAGGUAGCUACUAUUUAUCAGGCAUGCGACAAACCAGAUGUUAAGAGAGCACUGUUUAGUGCAACCUUGUCUAACGGCAUUGAUGACUGGGCCAGGAUUCACCUGGACAAUGUUGUUAAAGUCACUGUUGGAAUCAGAAACACUGCCACCCACUCGGUGGAGCAGGAACUGUUGUUUGUUGGACAGGAGGCUGGUAAACUUCUUGCUGUCAGAGAUAUUGUUCAGAAGGGAUUCCAGCCACCAAUGUUAAUAUUUGUGCAGUCCAAAGAAAGAGCAAAAGAACUGUUUCACGAACUUAUUUAUGAUGGCAUUAAUGUGGAUGUUAUUCACUCUGACAGAACACAAGCGCAGAGAGAUAACGUUGUAAAGUGCUUCAGAACAGGAAAGAUCUGGGUUCUCAUAGCUACUGAACUCAUGGGUCGUGGAAUUGACUUCAAAGGAGUGAAUUUAGUAAUAAACUAUGAUUUCCCUACAUCGUCUGUGGCUUACAUUCACAGAAUAGGUAGAACAGGCCGUGCUGGUAGACCAGGAAAAGCUGUGACAUUUUUCACAGAGGACGAUGCAACAAAUUUACGCAGUAUUGCCAAUGUAAUGAAGAGUUCCGGAUGUGAAAUUCCUGACUGGAUGCUUAAGUUAAAAAAGCCUGGCAGAAAAUCGCGAAAGAAACUAUCCAAGACGCCUCCGUUACGAUCAGCGAUUAAAACGGUGUCAAAAUAUGACUCGCAGAAGGCAAAAAGGAAGAGAGAGUUGAUUGAAGCCUCAAAGAAGAAGAAGAAGAAAAUGAAGUUAUCAUCCAGCCAUGCCUCCGAGCGGGACACCUAGUUAGCUCUUUAUGCUCGGUCGAAUUAAGAUUUUUAAUCAUCGUCAUCUGCAUCUCGGGGAAGGGGAGGAUGAAGAAUAAAAUACGAGGUAUCUUCUGCCCUCCCCUUUCCAUCCUUAGUCCCAGAGCAUUAAUUUAAUGUUUUUGAGCUGUUAAUACAAUUUCUCAGAAAAGACUGAUCUAUUUUUAGGAGAAAACUGUAACGACUAGGUAUCAAAUAAACGUACUUUUUCCAGUAA